CCGUUCAUACCUGCCACCUGUACUUCGGGUACCAAGACGGCACAUCAUGAUCAAGGGAAGCUGUGCCUGCGGGCGCAUUCAAUAUAGCACCGAUGCUCAACCCCUGUCCAUCAACGUUUGCCACUGCGGGACUUGCCAGCGGAUCUCUGGUAGCGCAUUCCUAGCGUUUGUAGAUUUCCAAACUUCGCAGGUCACUUGGACUCAACAACCAGACAAAUGGAGUUGCAGCGACAUCGCAGGGCGUGGGUAUUGCAAGAUGUGUGGUUCAACCAUGUCCAUGAUCUACCAUUUUGAGAAAGAGCAGACGUACAUCUGCUUGGGAACCGUUGUUGAAACUGAUCACUCGCUACAACCUGGAGCACAUAUCUUCUUGAAAGACAAGGCGCCAUGGUUCACAAUAGCGGACGACGGGGCCAGAAGACGGGAUACGUUCAGUCUUGAAUUUGAAGAGAAAAUUAAGAAGUGGAAAGCAGAGCAAACUCACGGUUGACUUCCAGACUCGUGGUUGAGGACUUCUCAGAGUUGUGGUUGACGAAUACCAUCUGAAUGCAAACACUCAAGAGUCAUACUUUCACCAAAGGCAAAGCAAAAAGCA